AUGAAUUCAGACUCCAGCCCGAGCAGCAGAGCCUCUUCCCCGGACAUGGACGGCAUGUUUCUCCGAGACCAUCAUCCACAACACCAUCACCACCACCACCACGUCGGCUCCUCAGUGUCCUCUUCUACGCAGAGCGGUGAACAGCAGCGCCAGAAGAUAACCGGCGGCGAGCACCUGCGGUCUGGAGACGGAAAGUCAGCGUCCGUAGGAAGCAGCAGAGACAGCAACAAGUUCAAACUGAAGAAACAAAUCACGGAGGAGGAAAUGUACCACCUCCGUCUCAAGAUUAACGGCCGGGAGCGGAAGCGCAUGCACGACCUCAACCUGGCCAUGGACGGCCUGCGCGAGGUGAUGCCCUACGCGCACGGGCCCUCUGUGCGGAAGCUGUCCAAAAUCGCCACGCUGCUUCUCGCCAGGAACUACAUCCUGAUGCUCACCAGCUCCUUGGACGAGAUGAAGCGGCUGGUGGGGGAGAUUUACGGAGGGCAACACUCGGCUUUCCACUGCGGCACCGUGGCGCACGCAGCCGGGCCAGGGGGACACUCCGGGGGCCCCGCCGCGGCAGCCGCUGCCGCUGCCGCAGCCGCAGCCGCCGCACACCAGGUGCACCCUCUCCUCGGGAGCGCGCUGUCUUCCUCCACGACCUCCACUCUGUCGGGCGCGCUGCCAGGGCUCACGUCCAUCAGAGCACCCCACUCCCUGAUGAAGGGCUCCGCGGCUGCGCCCCCGGCCCUGCAGCUGGGCUCCGGUUUCCAGCACUGGGCCGGCCUGCCGUGUCCCUGCACCAUCUGCCAGGUGCCUCCUCCUCCACACAUCCCCAUCAGCUCCGCUGGCCUCACGAGACUCUCAGAGGGCAAGGACCUGAUGAAAUGA